UAGCAGACCCAAAACACAAUUGUGGACGAGCAACGUCUGCCUGCUCGCGACCUAUCGCAUAUAGGUUCUGGUCGCAAUACCGUGCUCUAAGAUGCAUGUACUGUCUGGCCACUGGAGUUCGUCAUCAGGGCGGAAUGUACAAGGAGUGGCAGUACUGUACAGUACGAGGGUUGUCUUCGGCAAAGUUGUCGUCCUUUGUAUGCGAUGCAGGAUGUGCAGGUACAGUAUGCCCUCAUCGCACAGGCCUCGGUUUCCACGCUCCUCUCUCCCUUCCGUCUGUCGCUUCGAUCCAUUCCGGCCCGUGGUAAGAAAAUCUCUCUUGUCCUCCGAAACCUUUCUUCAUUCCGGUUUUUAUCAGAUCUACUCCUGACUUCUGUCCUUUCUUCACUACCGCCGUCGGACAGUGUCGCAUCGCUUCGGCCACAGUGGUUGCAUGAGCGCAUUCUAUCCACUCCACACCAAAGGACCAAAGGAUACUACAUCAUCAUAGACUUCCGCGGAAGGGGUACUGAUCUUGUGCGCCGUCGUUCACGUACGAUUGCAGCCGUUUCGCCCACUGAUAUGAGCCCUUCAUAUUCUCAACUAUAUUGGCACGUGUUGCCCCGUGAGGAGGAGCGUCGCAGCAGCGCCGGGCAGCCUCCGGUGGACAAAUUUCAAUCGAUAUUGUCGUUCCAUAAAAGACCCCACUCACCUCCGACCGAAUUGCCGGUCCCGCUCGUAGCGUCAUCUUGUGGUAAAGGAUUAAGUUCACGCCUCUGCAUUAUGAUGAUGACUUCCAGUGUCUUUCACGCCAUAUUUCCAAUGACCUUAUGAUCCUCGCAGGAAGGACAUCAUCCCCACUACCACAUACUUACUUUCUCACAGCCACAAGCCAACAUACUCCGUGAUCUAUCAGCCGCACUUGU